AUGACACACGACCCCGGCGCCAGCAAAGCCAGCACCCAAGCCUCGGCCAAUCUGCACCAACAAUGCCGCGACCUUCUGUCCGAAGUCGAUGAGUUCCAAGACUUGCUCCGCCGCACCCUCCGCAAUCCGCAGCUAGUCGAGGUGCGGCAGUUUCGCUCCAGUGUUAAUUCAGAGUUGCGGAUGGUCGAAAAGCUGAUUGAAAACGCUCGGGCUGAAGGAGCCGGUACUGGCGGGCUUGGAGGCGAGGAGGUCGAGGAGGCUGAGAAGAGGCUGUUGCAUGUACUCCGAUCGUCGAAUUUGCCGUUUCAUCAGGCUGUAUGGGGGGUUGUCAGGUCAUCUUGUGUGGGGUUGGUGACCCUGGGGAGGAGGGUGUAUUGGGAUGACGGGAAUGAUGCUAGGAGUAGAAAUAUGCCGCCGCCGAAGGACAAGAAUGGGAAGAAGGUUACUGGCAAGGAUAAGCGGAAGAGUGUGCUUGUGGAUGUUGUGGCCGAUGAUGGAGAGGAGUGGGUUAAGGUGUCGACUAUGUCGGAGAGCAGGUUGUUGUUUGAGAUGGCGGAGAAGGGGUGGGAGCGAGAUUCUGAGGAUGAAUUCUCGGAUGGAGAGAAAGCUCCGAGGACGGUGCUGCGGAAUUUCGAUGACGAAGACUCCGAUGAGGAGGAUGAACUGGAGUUGAUUAAGCUUGCUCGUGGUUUGAGAAAAGCUGCCGAUGCUACGUUGGUGAGGUACAGGCAUCCACGUCUACGGAUUGUGCUACCCAAGAUUGAGGAAGGUAAUGUUCCUGGGAUUGAUGAAAUUGUGAAUGAGAUGCGAAGCUAUGGCGUCGAGGUCCAGUGUCGAAAUAGCCUUCGAGAAUCGCAACAGAACCCGGGGCUAGAUGCUUUACUCCCUCGGCCGUUCAAGCGAUUCACUCCCAGUCUCAAUGUGGACUGCACGCUGCUCCUUGCAGCCGUAUCCGACUUGUCUCACGUCAAAGAUAUUCCCGUGUGUCCGGGCUAUCACCGAGCAGUCGUACGUCAAAUAGAGGGAGAAAAGCACAUGCCUUUACUUCCAGCUGAACUCUGGCCAGCGAUGCGCAACCGCGAGCUGUUGUGCACAUCUGAUGCUGCUGCUCGAAUGCUCGAAAUUGUGAAUACCAUCGGAACCGACACAGAGAAAACACGAACAAAGAUCCUCAUGGGCAAACCGCCUUAUGACCAAUUGGAUCAGGAGUCGCUCAUCGAAGAGUUCCAGAAGACAUCUGAUCACAGUGUACCGAACGAGUGGAAGUUGCCUAUCAAGGUAAGUGAUGCACAGCCAGCCAUAGAUGCGGCAAAGGCAAGAAAGACGCUUCCACCCGUCGCAUACGAGGUAUCCGAGAGCCUAUCUGAUAUCAAUCAUAGUGUGUUCAUGUAUGGCUGGGCAACGGGGAUCACCACCAUCUCCAGCAACCGUACGAUCGACAAGCAGAUCGAGAAUACCAUUGAGAAGAAGAGAAAUGGCGAUAGGGACCUUGAGGGCCCCAAUGUUUGGGUAUGCGACACUGCGCGAAGUCUGGUGGGGAAGGAAAAGAAUCGCAAAGAAUAG